AACGAGUACAUAAAACUGAGCUCUGUCGAAUAUAGCAUUUGCUCUCUUCAUACCAAAGACCGAACCGCCGUACGACGUAGCUGUUGUAUGUGGUACGCAGUCUGAUGAUGAUGAAGGAAAAAUAAAAUGAACGACAAGGCAACCGACCGACCGAGCGACCGACGGACGGGUCUGACUGUACGGUUGAAGCGAAUGGAAGAUUAGUAACAUUUUGUGCGCUGCAUGAUAUAGGCUGACUAUGCGGAUACUCCGUACGAGGCGCUUUUUUCUAUCCCCCUAACACAGUAUACAGCAUUUUUACGAGCGAGGCGAACGAGCGUACGUAAUAUCAAAACAGGCACCAACAGCACAGAAGACUAUCCACAGAGUGUGUAGACGAGCCGAUGCGGGAGCAAAAGGUUCUACUGAGAUUAAUUUUCCCGAAUUUUUGAAUGAAAACUAAAGAAACGGUGGAAAGUGUACAACUAUGUAAACAACUGGGAUAUUUUGCAACAGUGUGACAACGGAUAUUUGGUGAAAUAUUGCCGAUGAACGGCAGAAAACAGCAGUGAAGUUUAACCCCACAGAAGGAAGAAUUGACACAAAUUUGACAGCAGAAGAACGGUUCUAAAUAGGAAAAAUUCGUAGAUAAGUGUAGUGUUUUACCACAACGAGCGAAAGAAAUAAAACUAGUGUGUGAAAGUUUCCACAAUGUUCGCAGCAGUAUUUUGAGACUGAUCCCUUCAAGUCUUUGAGCCAGAAACUUGCAAUGAUGGGUCUCCAAGCGGCAGCAAGCAACAAGCGCAAAUACGAGGAUAUGAACGCCAGCAGCAAUAGCGGCGGCGAGCGUGGCGAAUCCUCAACCCUCAAUGAUAGCCAUGAACCGACGGAAGGAGCAAGUGCAAGCAAGAAUCCACGAUAUGAACCACAUGCAGAGGGAACGGGAGCAGCUGAGCAGCAAACUUUAACCUCCAGUUCGGAUGUGACAACAAAAACCAGUGCAGCUUUCGUCAGCAUUAGUAGUAGCAGUAUAGUGACAUCUACCACCACCGCAGCCGCCGCCCCAAGCAACAAUAGUCCCCUGGUUCUGCCCCCGGCACUACCGGCGGAGGAUAGCAUAGCCAAACUCGAGGCCGUAGCAGUUCCCGGAGAAACGAAUUGGAGCUGCGAACCGAUAGUGGACCCCAUCAGUAAGCUGCAAGCGGUGGCCGUUCCAGGGGAAACGUGGGGCUCGGAUAGUACGCGGUCUACGCUGGCAACGACGCUGAUGGCAACCGAUGACCUAGAUGAUGACGAUGAUGAUUUUGAGGAUGACUUCGAUGACGAUGAAACGAUACUGCCCAGCUACUCACCCAUUCGAUAUCCUUGCUCGCCAAAUCGGGGCGGUUAUAUUCCCGCGUACCCGAAGCCAGGAUAUUUCCCCGAGCCGUACCAGAACUGCUCGCGAACGAGUGCCGGCAACAAUGGAGCGCAGCAGUACGCCAACCGUGGAUACGGUUGGAGCCAGCACGGAUACUACUCGCCGCCAUACGAAGCGCCAUCCUCGCAGCAAACCAUACGCUGUGCCGAGAAUGGUAAGUCGUACUUCGAGCUGGGCAGUGCAAACUAUGGCAGCAGUGUCAAUCAGUUUGGUGGCGCCCAAGGACGGCAUCUGAAGCGAUGCUGUGACGGUCGGAACAUGUCGUGCAAUAACAAGCAGUGCUACAAGGAGCGACGCUUGAAGAUGAUGAAUUUGUCGAUGUUCAAGCUGGCCCGGUUUCGUCAGGCAUCCGAUCAAUCGCUCUACCGAUCGGUGCUGAUCUGCAACACGCUGAAAUCGAUCGAACGUGAGAUCGACCAGGAGAACAAGGAAUUCAGCCACCAGCAGCAUCUCCAACAGCAGCAACAUCCGCAUCAUUAUCACGCCCCGCUGCCUCACCACCUGCAACAGCACCAUCCGCUUCAACCGCAGCAGCAGCAACAACUUCCAUCCCUCAGUCCACAGAGUGAUUACGGUAAUGGUGGGCCUCUCUACAACAACAACCGGAUACCCGGAAACGACAAGCAACAACAACAACAACAACAGCAGCAGCAGCAGCAGCAGCAGCAAGCUUCUAAAUUUAGUGAUAUUAGCAAUAACGGCAGCAGCUACAGUAGACUUCAAGGCAGCAAUACAACGACACAGUCGUCUCCAACCUACGGCACUAGUACGAACGGUACCGUCGACCAGCAGCAAUCGACAAUUACUACGCAAUUAUCGUCCUACGAUCAACAGCAGCAACCGCAGCAGCAGCAGCUUCAGCACCAGCAUCAGCAUCAUCUUGGUUCCUUGGUGACAGUGACGACCGCGUCCACAACGACAGCACCCAGUCCCCAUCACCAUCAUCACCACCACCAUCCGCUGAAAGAUCCCCAAUCCGGGCGGGCAACUCCGUUCCCAUCGAGUGUGGGCAGUUCGCUUACCGGUGGGGGUGGUGCUAGCGGGGGAUAUCACGACACCGAUUCCGGCUUCGGUGACGACGACUGUACCCGGCCAAUCAACUGGGGCUCGGUGCUGAGUCUCUCCUCGCAAUCGGCGCUCGAUCCGCUGAACAACAACGACCUCUUCGUGACAUCCCCGAGUGUGGCGGUGAGCGUUGUCAACGAUAGUCACCACGCGGCAAGUGCGACGGUACUAACGAGUAACGAUAAUUGUGAUAGUAGCAGUAGUUUAGCCCUAAGUCAAUCGACGACGUCUUCGGUUUGCCUGAGUGGCAACGAUAGCGGCUCCGUCAAUGUAAGCAGUGUUAGCAAUAGUGAUAGCAGUAGCGAAAGCAAUCAUCAUCAUCGCCAUCCGGCGGACAGCACCAAUUCCGCCAGUUCCUCCGGUGCCAAUUCCUCCAGCACCACCACUCUCACCUCCCUAACCACCCUCACCACCAGCAGCAAUUGUGAUCUUAACCUAACCACCCUCACCACAUCGCCCUCCCCCCUUCUUUCGUCCUGCGCUUCGGCACUGCAAUACCACAGCACCACUACCGGUUCCAGCUGGGACUUUGCCUAUCUGGACAUGGAUCUUGGCACCACGCAUGAGCUGUACGAUAUGUUUCCCAACUGUUACAAGAUAACUUCGUUCAACUCGGACAUCGAUAUGCUUGGCCUCAAGUCACCCAUGCUGGAACCGAGCAAGGUGGUCUGUGAUAACGAUAUGGACUCGUUCACAACGCACAUCAUGGUUGGGAGUUAGUAUUAAGCCCCUCGGGAUGAUCCAACGGCACUCCCGUCGUCUAGAGUCGACUGUGACGUUGGCAGGCGCGCUCGCUCAGAACCUGAUCCCCCAUGAUCACAUCAUGAUCUUGUCCACCAUCAUCACGUCACCACUAUUGUGCAUCGAGUGCAUGCCGGAGAAAGUGCAGAACGAAGGCGGAGAAGCGAAACCUCAGGUUGUGAAGGCUGUGUUUUACUGAUUAGUUUUUGUUCCCUGUUUGUGUUUCAAAAAGCGCCAGCAAUUGCAAUUGCUACAAGUAACGCAACUGGCGGGUACUUUUCACUAGUUUUAUAAAAAUGUUUUGUUGUAGCGAUAAAAAAAAAAUGAAAAAAGUAAUGAGUUCGCCUCCCGCGAAUAACCUCAAUCUUCCCGAAACCAAUAUGCAAUAUCCCUUUUUUAAUUACCCCCGCAAAAAUCUCGCUCUGGAGGAAGUCUGUUCAAAGUGAACAGCAACCAAACAAACAAACAAAUCAGCGUACAAAUUGACACAAGCACAAAACGCUACAAAAAAUAAGACAACAAACUGCUUCUGUCACUAUUGGUUCCUUAUUAGGAUUAAUGGUGAACUAUUAGGUGGAAUAAACUAGUUUUAUUAGUCGUAAUAACUUUGUGACGUGGCAGCGAACAAAUGAACAGAAACAAGGAAUUGUACAACAGUUUGCAUUAACUUUACACAAUAUUGUGCAUCAAUCACGGGAGCAACAGAAUCGAUGCCGUUUCACGCAAAUCCCCUCGAAAUGUAGCCAACUUAUUUUGCCCCUACUUGCGAGGAUCCAUCUACGCGAAGGAAACUUGCAAAUAUCCGCAAAAUAGAGCCUUUAUCCCUUCCCCCAGAAGACCCACCUUAGCAAAUUGAGUGGAAUUGACCACGAGAGUGCCAUACGAUAGUUUUCUUCCCUAAUCUCCUCUGAUCGCGUUUAUCCCAAUACCCGAAACGCCAGCUUUUCUGUGAUUGCCCGACAACAACGAUGUGCGACACCUAAUGAAGAACUGCUUCCAACGCGCUCCGUGAAGGGGUUAUCUCUCUAACUCAGAAUGCUAGUCUCGUCAUCGUUUAAUGCAGUUUAGUUUUAAUCUCUUGCUUCGUGCCGGUACAGCUACAACGACAAACACCUUCAAUCGCAUUCCAAUUUUCGUUGAUAAGUUGUUGAACGAUGAAUUCAAUAGGUUUUUCUAGCUUUCCUUAUACCCGGGUGGUAAUACACCACUUCACAGCUUGGAGCAGGCAGAAAUUAGGUGCCUCACGAACAAAAACCGUCAAUUGGAAACAAGUAUUCUUUACAAAAUCUUCAUGGAGUGUUUUUAUAUUUUUUUUUUAAUAUCAGGGAAUUAAAAGACACGUGAUUGUACAUAAUAUAUUCCAAACGAAAAUCAAAAUGUGUUACAAGCGGCACUGAUUGCAACUGCGCUAAAUAUUUCCCGUCUGAGGCUGCGUUUAACUCACCGGAGGGCAACAAACCCCCGUUCACCGGGGGUUUGUUUCCAUGACACUGAGUUCCCAGCGCCCGCCACUGGUCGAUUUUUUUUGUGUUCUACAAUUACAACAACACAUCAUAGCAUAGAACUAUGUUUUGGGGAGAAACUGCUGAACCGCUAAACUAAAGCAUUAGAAGAAGAACGAACAACAAGAGAGCGAACCAAAUCUAGUCCUACGUCAAUCUUUAAAUCAAUUUUUAUAUCUAAUUUUUUUUGUGCGUGUGUAUGUUGUAAGAGGAAAUCCACAAUUAAUUUUUUGUUUUAUUAUUUUUCUACGUUCAAACUCAAUUGAGGUGUAAGCAAGCGCGAUAACACACAACUGAUUGUAAAUAAUGAAUGUGCGACGGAAAGGAUAAAGAGGAUCACACAAAAUCAGAUAUACCAUAAAUUUGAAAUUUUAACAGCGGUAAAAAAGAACAAAACCAUGUUAUUUGAGACAUAAAAAAGAAUGAAGAAAAACAUAAGUGAACAAAAUUGUAUUAUAAGAGAUUAUAUAUACCUAAUUAAUAUAUUGUAUUUGAUGAAGGAAUAAAAAUUAAUGAACAAAGCAAACAAAAAAUAACACAAUUAGCAGUCCCUAGUGUUCGAGUAAGGAAAAAAAGCAGAAGAGCAACCGCGAGAAAAAUAUUAUGCAUGCGUCAAGCGCUGUGUACAUUUUACUUGAUCUGUAAAAAUGAAUGAAAUAAGAUUAACAAAUAGGGCGAGUAAAAAGUGCAAGCGAAGAAUGCAGAGAAUGAGAGAGAGAGUUCAUUUCACGUGUGAAGCGCAAGCAAAUGAAGUAAAUUGUUUAGAGUUAUUAUAUUUAAAACUAAGAAUAAUUUAUUGAAUUUAUUAUAUAUAUGUAAAUACGAAAAAAGGACAAAAAAUGAUUCAAAAAAGA